AUGGGCUCAGCCAAACAUUUCGAUGGCCCCGGAACAAGAGAGUUUCCCACGGCGAGGAUACCAUACGUCCAUAUACGACGACCUGAUGCUCCAGAAAGCCGUAUCCGCUUUGAAGGGAAUGACAGCACUGCCGGUAUCCCCCAUGCAUACUUCCCUAGGCAACAAUCUCGAAACAAAGAUCGUAGCCAUCAUGUUCGCCCGAACAGCAGUGAAGGUUUUGUGGCUACCAGAGCAGCCAGUCGCAAAGACUCUCAACCCCCUCGAGCGUCCGAUAGCCCUAAAGUCAGCGAUGUUCCAAUUCUGGAUACCGGCCGGCUGCUGUUGCUACAUUCGGUAGAAAUCACCCUGCUCUUGUGUCUCCUCGGUAGGUGA